AUGGCCCCCAUCGCCACCUCCCCUCCCACCUCCCCCUCCCUACCCACAAACACCUCUAGCCUCGCCAGCUACAAAGGCUACGACCAUGUGCACUGGUACGUCGGCAACGCCAAACAAGCCGCCUCCUUCUACAUCACCCGCAUGGGCUUUGAGCGGAUUGCCUACCGCGGCCUCGAGACCAACAGCCGCGCCAUCUGCUCGCAUGUCGUCCGCAACGGCGACAUCACCUUCAUCCUGACCUCCCCCCUGCGCUCCCUCGACCAACUCGCCCGCUUCGACCCCGAAGAACAAGACCUCCUCCGCGAGAUCCACGCCCACCUCGAGCAGCACGGUGACGCCGUGAAGGAUGUGGCUUUUGAGGUGGACUCGGUCGAUGCCGUCUACAACGCCGCCGUGGCCAACGGCGCCAAAGCCGUCUCGGGCCCGCGGACCCUCGAGGACGCCGAUGGCCGAGUGCGCCUGGCCACCAUCCAGACGUACGGACAGACGACACACACCCUGAUCGAGCGGGGUGAGUACCACGGCGUCUUCCUGCCGGGGUACCGCGUGGAGAAGGGCGAUGCCGAUCCGAUCACCGCUCUGCUGCCGGGGGUGCAACUGCGACGGAUCGAUCACUGUGUGGGGAACCAGGACUGGGACGAGAUGGACAAGAUCUGCCAGUACUACGAAAACGCCCUCGGCUUCCACCGCUUCUGGUCCGUCGACGACAAAGACAUCUGCACCGAAUUCUCCGCCCUUAAAAGCAUCGUCAUGGCCUCGCCCAACGAAGUCGUCAAGAUGCCCAUCAACGAGCCGGCCAAGGGCAAGAAGCAGUCGCAGAUCGAGGAGUACGUGGACUUCUACAACGGGGCGGGGGUGCAGCACAUCGCGCUGCUGACGGACGACAUUCUCACGGCCAUCACCAACCUCAAGGCGCGCGGGGUCGAGUUCAUCAAGGUACCCGACACCUACUACGAGGACAUCAAGAUCCGGCUGAAGAAGGCGGGCCUGGUGCUGCACGAGGACUUUGACGAGAUCCGGAAGUUGGACAUCCUGAUUGAUUUCGAUGAGGGGGGGUAUUUGUUGCAGUUGUUUACGAAGCAUCUGAUGGACCGCCCGACGGUGUUCAUCGAGAUCAUCCAGCGGCAUAAUUUCUCCGGGUUCGGAGCCGGGAACUUCAAGUCGCUGUUCGAGGCGAUUGAGCGGGAGCAGGCUCUGCGGGGCAAUUUGGUUUGA